GGCUGAGCGGAGGCCGGUCGUGCGGCCGGGCCAGGCAGAGCGGAGCCGCGCCGAGCCGCGCCGCACGGUGCCGGCGGGACCAUGCCGUCCUACACGGUCACGGUAGCUACGGGCACUCAGUGGUUCGCGGGCACCGACGACUAUGUAUACCUGAGCCUGGAGGGCACGGAGGGCUGCAGCGAGAGGCACCUCCUGGACAAACCCUUCUACAACGACUUCGAGCGCGGCGCGGUUGACUCCUAUGAUGUGACUGUGGAAGAAGACCUUGGAGAAAUUCAGCUAAUAAAAAUUGAGAAGCGAAAAUAUUGGUACCAGGAUGACUGGUACCUUAAGUAUAUCACUGUAAAAACGCCAAUGGGUGACUAUUUGGAGUUCCCAUGUUACCGUUGGAUUACAGAUGAAAAAGAGAUUGUCCUUCGGGAUGGAAGAGCAAAGCUCCCACGGGAUGACAAGACCCAAAUUCUCAAGCAGCACAGACGCAAAGAGCUUGAGACUCGUCAAAAAAUGUACCGCUGGAAGGAGUGGCAUCCAGGCUUUCCUCUGAGCAUCGAUGCUCAUUCUCACAGUGAUCUGCCUCGUGACAUCCAGUUUGACAAUGAGAAAGGAAUUGAUUUCAUUCUGAACUACUCUAAAGCGAUGGAGAAUCUCUAUGUCAACCGUUUCAUGCACAUGUUCCAGUCCUCCUGGAGCGAUUUUGCAGAUUUUGAGAGGAUCUUUGUCAGAAUCAGCAACACAAUCUCUGAAUACGUAAUGCAGCACUGGAAGGAGGAUUUUAUGUUUGGGUAUCAGUUCCUGAAUGGAUGCAAUCCUGUGCUGAUCCGGAGAUGCACAGAGAUACCCAAGAAGUUUCCUGUGACUAUGGACAUGGUAGAAUGCAGUCUGGAGAGGAACCUGACCCUGGAGGAGGAAGUGAAGCAAGGAAACAUUUUCAUUGUGGACUAUGAGCUUCUGGAUGGUGUGGAUGCCAACAAAACCGACCCAUGCACAGUACAGUAUUUGGCUGCACCUAUCUGUCUGCUGUAUAAGAAUCUGGAGAAUAAAAUUGUACCCAUUGCAAUCCAGCUUGGUCAAAAGCCUGGGCCAGACAAUCCCAUUUUCCUUCCUUCAGAUGCCACAUAUGACUGGCUGCUGGCUAAAAUUUGGGUUCGCUCAUCUGAUUUCCACAUCCACCAGACAGUGACCCAUCUCUUACGGACACAUUUAGUCUCAGAGGUGUUCAGCAUAGCUAUGUUCCGGCAACUACCUGCUGUACAUCCCCUCUUCAAGCUCUUGGUGCCACACAUGCGGUUCACAAUAGCCAUCAACACCAAAGCCCGGGAACAGCUUAUCUGCGAGUGUGGCCUUUUUGAUAAGGCAAAUGCUACAGGUGGAGGAGGACAUGUACAAAUGGUACAGAAAGCGAUGAAGGAUCUGACUUACAGCUCUCUCUGCUUUCCUGAGGAGAUCAAAGCUAAAGGGAUGGACAGCAGAGAGGAUAUCCCCUACUACUAUUACCGGGAUGAUGGCAUUAAAGUCUGGGGGGCUAUAAAGAGUUUUACAGAGGAUGUGAUUCACAUUUACUAUGAGAGCGACGAGGUGGUGUGUGAGGAUGUGGAGCUCCAGGCCUUCAUCAAAGACGUUUACGUCUAUGGGAUGAGGGGUGUGAAGGCCUCAGGAUUUCCUAAGAUGAUCAGGACACGAGAGAAGCUAGCAGAAUAUCUCACGGUGGUAAUAUUCACCACAUCGGCCCAGCAUGCAGCUGUGAAUUUUGGUCAGUAUGACUGGUGUUCCUGGAUUCCCAAUGCCCCACCAACAAUGCGCCACCCUCCUCCGACACAAAAAGGGACAGUCACCAUUGAGCAAAUUGUGGAGACUCUGCCAGACAGGGGACGUUCUUGUUGGCAUCUUGGAGCUGUCUGGGCCUUGAGCCAAUUCCAGGACAAUGAACUGUUUCUGGGCGUGUACCCAGAUGAACACUUCGUGGAGAAGCCAGUGAAAGAGGCUAUGGCAAAAUUCCGCAAGAAUCUGGAUGAGAUUGUCAAUGCUAUUGCUGAGCGCAACAGGAACAAAAAGCUUCCUUACUACUACCUUUCUCCAGAUCGCAUUCCCAACAGUGUUGCUGUUUGAGUGUUUGGAGGCACCUAAAGCUGAUGAUGCUUCUUUUCAAGAAACUUUCAGAAACAGAUAAAAUAAGAAGCCCACCCUCUCCAUCAGAGCUGACCUGUAGUUAGUUUGGACUUUCAAAACAGAUUUGAUUAUGACUAGUCAAAAAUUGAUUAUGACUAGACAAAAUCUAGUUGACAAGCUUCUAGGUCAAAUUUGUUCCAAAUUUAUUUUUCCAAGAUUUUAAAAUCAAUCUUAGAAUAAUAUCCAUGUUUCUGUUAGCUUUCUGUCUCCUGUCCAAAACAAUAUAACACAGAUUCACUUAUCUUAUUCGAUGAAAAUAAUAUCAUGAGCAAUAAGCAAGUCAUCUUUUAAGUCCUUCCUAUUUUUAAAAGGUGACACUGGUGACUUAUAAAGAUUUAAAGCUUAUACAUUGUUUUUAAUCUGAUAAAAACAAAUGUUAAAUAUUUUCAUACAACCAUGAAUGUCCUAAUCAAGAGGAAAGUAGUAGCAGGACAUUUUCUUAACUGAUAUGUUUUUAUCACUUUCUUAACAAGUUCAUGUGAAAUGACAGCCUGAUUCAUAGAAGACAAAAAAUGUAUACCUAAAUAAACCUAUAUAUUUUCUACAUAAAACUAGGAAGGUUUGUUUUAGCCUCUGCCAGUAGAGUUUGAUGUCAUUCAUGUCUACAGACAAAUGUUUUGCUUAACACAAUAGCAACAAGUACAGGCCUGGCAGUGCUUAUGCUCAAUUUCUAUUUCGUUGCUGAGGCUGCUGUUUUUUGAGGAUGAAUUUCAUCUGUUUUGUUGGGAAUGAAGAGGCUACUUUUGGAGCAAGAUUAAUUAACAGCUUCUAAGAGGAAUUUUUAGAUUUGACCAAUUAAGCAUAAUUGUUGUAUUCCAUCUUCGUUAGAAACAACUGAAUUUUUUCUGUUUUCUUUAGAAGUAAUUAGGUUCAAGUACUAGGAAUUUGGUUACAGUUGACAGUCACUGAGACGGUGAAAGCAAAAAUGAGGUUUGGGAAAUUUAAGUCAUAGCUGGGUUUAUUUUUCCAAGAUUUUAUUUAUUGUACUAGCUUUGCCAGACUGCUAAUAAAGCAAAAAUGAACAACAA